AUGGUCACCGUGAGGUCAAUCAUAGCACUUAUUGCUUCAAAACGGUGGAACCUGUUCCAACUGGAUGUAUACAGUGCCUUCUUGCAAGGAAGCAGUGCAAGCUUGAUUAAACAUGACAAGGAUAUCAUACACCAGGAGUUCAAAGUCAAGGACUUAGGAGAACUUAAGUACUUCUUGGGAAUUGAAGUACUAAGAUCCAAGGCUAGCAUUUUGUUGAACCAAAGGAAGUAUGUACUGCAGCUCAUCUCAGAGAUGGGGUUAAGUAGGGCUAAGCCUGCUUGCACACCCUUGGAGGCUAAAGCAGUAUGUCCCAACACAAGAAGGUCAGUUACUGGUUAUGUGAUAAAGUUUGGGAGUUCCUCGGUGUCUUGGAAAUCAAAGAAACAUAAAAUUGUGUUAAGGAGCUUAGCUGAAGCUGAGCAUAGAAGCAUGGCUGCUGCAACUGCUAAGAUCAUAUGGUUACUUGGUUUGUUUAAAGAGUUGGGUGUGAAGAUUACACAACCAGUGACAAUCCUUAGUGAUAGUAAGUCUACUAUUCAGAUUGUAGCAAAUCCCAUACUACAUAAACAGACAAAACACAUAGAAAUCCAUUGCCAUUUCAUUAGAGACAAGAUCAAAGAAGGGGUAGUUCAAGCAAUACAUGUGAAUACAAAGGAGCAACAGGCUGAUUUGCUAACCAAAGGCUUAGGAACUGCUCAACAUGUGCAUCUACUCGACAAGCUUGGAGUGCUUAACAUUCUAUACCCUCCAGCUUGA